AUGAUAAGAAGUCAUCAAGAGAUUGCCAAUUCCGAAAUCGACGAGGAGCAAUUAAAUUCUGAUCAGACCAAUGAUGAUAAUGAUCCGAAAGUACAACCAAAGAGUAAAAAAAUUAUUCGUGUUGAUAUUCGUUCUUCCGAUGGUACAUCCUAUCAUUCCCUAGGUUGUAAGUGUAAAGAUGAAAAGGAUUAUGGGAAAGCCUUUGAAUGGUUUACGAAAGGUGCUGAGCAGGGGUGUGCGGAAUCAACAUAUAAAAUUGGAUACUUUUAUGCGAAUGGAUUGGAAGUGGAUACAGAUUAUUCGAAAGCUAUGGAAUGGUAUUUGAAGGCUGCUGAAAUGGGGUUUACUAAACCAAUAGUUCAAAUUGGAUAUUUAUAUUUCUUUGGAAAAGGAGUUGAACAGGAUUAUGUGGAAGCUUUAAAGUGGUUUUUAAAAGCUGUCGAAAAGGGAAGUGCGGAAGCAUACGUUAGUAUGGGAAAUUUAUAUUCUAAAGGAACAGGAGUGGAACGAGAUCUCUCUAAAGCUAUGGAAUGGUAUUUGAAGGCUGCAGAAAAUGGUUGUUCAACAGCACAAUUUAAUAUUGGGCGGUCUUAUUAUUUCGGUUUUGGAGUGGAAAGAAAUUAUUCGAAAGCGGUAGAAUGGUAUUUAAAAGCUGCUGAAAAUGGAAAUACAUCUGCACAAUUUAAAGUUGGAUUUUUAUUUGAAACGGGAAAGGGAAUUGAGAAGAAUUUCAAAAAAGAAGUGUUUUGGAAAUCAAAAUAUUUUAAUACUGAUAAUUUUACGUUUAUUGAAGAUCCUUACGAUCAAUUUGCAAUUCAAAAUUUUACACCAGCAGGGCUUUGUGACGAAAAGGAAAUUGAAGAGGAUUCAAUAAUGGAAGAAGUAAUUAUUCGAUUUGAAGAGAGAGAUUUUACAAUCGUACACAAAUAUUUGAAAUCAUGUAAAUAUUUAACAACAAUGAUGAAUUCAAAUUGGAAAGAUUUUAAUCUAAAAGAACAGAAUUGUAUAGUACUUGAUUUGAGAUCUGUUCAAAAUCAAAUAUUUCAAACUCAAGAAAACACCAAUCACAUCCAAAUAUUUGAGAAUUAUGUGGAAUAUUUAACCAAUAAUGCCAUACCAAAUGAUUUUGAUAUGAAAUUGAAAUUAAUAGAACUAUCGAAAUAUUUACAAGAUGAUUCAUGUAUUUUGAAAAUAGUUAAUCAAUCGAGUAUUCUAAUGAGACUAUAUUUUCUUUUCAAGUUUGAAAAUAUUGAACCAGUUCAUCUUGCAAUUGCUAGCUGCUUUGUAAUGGGUGAUUUAUUUACAACAAUGAAUGAUCUUUCACCAAAUAGUAUUGAAACCUUGUUGAAUGAAAUUGAAUUAUCACCAAUGGGAAAGAAGAAGAUUUUGGAUGUUCUAGUCAAUAAUAAGUUUCCAAACUCUGUAAUAUUCAGUAAGUAA